UCUAUCCGCGAGCGGAGACAACGAACACAAUGGUACACACAUGGUGGAUAGACAAACUCCGAUGCUUGCACGCAAGCAAUUCCUCUGCAUCUCUCCUCUCUCUCUCUCUCUCUCUCCCCACUCGUCGAAAUAAAUAAAGAAUUUCAGCGGACAGGGUCAGAACAGAGAGCAAGGAUCUUCGAUUCCCUCUUCACCCAAUAAACAAUUCCAAGAAAUGUCUCUGCUUCUGUCUCCCUCCGUUCCCGCUACUCUCACGGCUCUUUCGUCAUCGUCUUCUUCCUCCUCAGUACCCACAAACAGAUCUUCCAGGUCCCUCCCCUUCUUCUCUUCCUCCUCCAAGUCCCCGAAUUUCCUCUCGCACAGGCGACCCACCAGAUCAAGAACCUCAGGCACGCUUCCUCCGCCGCGUGUCGCAGCUCCGACCACCCCCCCGCCGACUUCCGAGCCGGCGGAGCAGUCGAUUGGAGUGGAGGAGCAGUUGGGCGAGGAGAGCUCGUCCUCCAAAUUCUCAUGGAGAGAUCACUGGUACCCUGUCUCCCUGGUCGAAGAUCUCGACCCUCGGUUACCCACUCCGUUUCAGCUGCUGGGUCGCGACACAGUUCUCUGGUUCGACAAAUCGAGCAGCCAAUGGGUCGCCUUCGACGAUCGAUGCCCUCACCGCCUGGCCCCCUUAUCUGAAGGAAGGAUCGAUGAAGAUGGGAAUCUGCAGUGCUCGUACCACGGGUGGUCCUUCGACGGCUGUGGGUCGUGUACUCGUAUCCCGCAGGCUGCAUCGGAUGGUCCUGAGGCCCGUGCAGUUCGAUCUCCAAGAGCAUGCGCUACGAGGUUCCCAACUAUGGUUUCUCAAGGCCUGCUCUUUGUUUGGCCCGACGAGAAUGGCUUUGAAAGAGCUGCAGCCACUAAACCCACAAUGUUGCCUGACGACUUCGAUAACCCAGAGUUUUCAUCAGUGACGAUUCAAAGAGAUCUCUUCUAUGGCUACGACACACUAAUGGAGAAUGUCUCAGAUCCUUCUCACAUUGAUUUCGCCCAUCACAAGGUUACAGGAAGGAGAGAUAGAGCCAAACCUCUGCCAUUCAAGGUGGAGUCGAGCGGCCCAUGGGGCUUUGCAGGAGCUAAUGAAGACCAUCCUAAAAUCAGUGCUAAAUUUGUGGCACCUUGUUAUUAUAUGAACAAAAUAGAGAUUGAUACAAAACUUCCUAUUGUUGGUGAUCAGAAAUGGAUCAUAUGGAUCUGUUCCUUCAACGUGCCGAUGGCACCGGGAAAGACCCGCUCAAUUGUCUGCAGCGCUCGGAAUUUCUUCCAAUUCACAAUGCCAGGGCCGGCAUGGUGGCAGGUGAUUCCUCGGUGGCAUGAGCACUGGACCUCAAACAAGGUGUAUGAUGGAGAUAUGAUCGUACUUCAAGGCCAGGAGAAGAUCUUUCUAUCAAAAUCAGCCGAGGGAUUGGAGGAUGUAAACAAGGAGUACACCAAGAUUACUUUCACUCCCACGCAAGCAGAUCGGUUCGUCCUAGCUUUCCGGAACUGGCUUAGACGUCACGGGAACAGCGAGCCUGAGUGGUUCGGGUCCAGCAAACAGCAACCGUUGCCUUCAACUGUCCUGUCCAAACGUCAGAUGCUGGAUCGGUUUGAACAGCACACGCUCAAGUGUUCAUCGUGCAAAGGAGCAUACGAAGCAUUCAGGACAUGGCAGAAGGUCCUGAUUGGGGCGACCGUCGUGUGCUGUGCAGUUGCUGGAAUUCCUUCAGAAAUUCAAUUCCGCAUUCUCUUGGCUGGUUUGGGAGUUGUCAGCGCAGGGAUCGCAUAUGCAUUACACGAGCUCCAAAAGAAUUUCGUGUUCAUUGACUAUGUACAUGCCGAGAUCGAAUAGGAAAAAGAUGUAGGAUCUGCUUAUGAAUUUUUGCUGAGAAAGCAGAACUCGAGACACUAUACUAGUGAUCGAUAUCAGAGGAAUGUACAGUCAUCAAACAUGUACAAGUUAUGCAGAUUUAUCUCUUCAUAAUUGUUCUCUAUAAUUUAACUGAAAGACCCACAAGAAACUAUACUGUCGUUCUGAGCUUCA